UCGGCCAUUCAGCCCUCCAAUGGUUAACUGAAGUGAGCUCCGAAUCCUAGAGAGGCAGGAAGUUUUUAAAAAGAGUCUGUAUGCGUGCGUGGAGAUACAGACAAUAGUGAACCCCCCCCCUCCGCGCCUCGGUCUUCCAGGAAGGAAAGCAGGCCGAGUGGCCUUCCUUGGCGACAAGUGGGCGGCUGGUGCCUGGAGAGGACGCUAUGGUCCCUGUAUCCUUUGAGGAAGUGGCUGUCCAUUUCACCAGGGAGGAGUGGACUCUACUGGAUCCAAACCAAAAGACUCUGUACAGGGAAGUCAUGCUGGAGAACUUUGGGGCAGUGGCCUCUCUGGAAGGGUCUCUGAUUCCUCGGCCUUGCCUCAUCGCCUGGUUGGAAGAACAGGAAGAACAGUUUGUCCAGGGACUGUCGGCAGGCAGGGAAGAAAGCUCAGCGACAUGUUCCAGACUCUUCCCUCUUUGUGGUGAAGUGGAAAAAGCUGCUCUGCCCUCAGUUCAGGGCUUGGUGUCCUUUGAGGAGGUGAGUCUCUCCUUCACCAGGGAGGAGUGGGCUCUGCUGGAUGCGGCCCAAAGAGCGCUGUACAAAGAAGUCAUGCUGGAGAAUUACGGGAACGUGGCCUCUCUGGAAGGGCCUUUGAUGCUCCGGUCUGACCUCAUCUCCUGGCUUGAAGUAAAGGAAGAGCUGUUUAACCUGGAGAAGCCUGUAAAGAAGGAAGAGGUAUUUGUCCAGGAGAGACUGACAGGCAAUGGACAAGGAUAUGAAAAUUAUAGGGAGACAUCUGCAGUGGCAUUGGAAAUAUCCAAGCACCAAGCAGGAAAAGAGACAUUUGGAUAUCAAUGGGGACCUACGGAUCUUGAGGGAAAUGAAUCCUCUACUUCUCAGCAUGAUAACUUCCAUGAAAUCCUGAGCAUGCAUCUAUAUCACAUGAGAAAGAAGUGUCCAGUGUGUGGGAAGGCAUUCAAAGAUGAAGCAAGCCUGAAUAAGCAUUUCAGAACCCACACAGGGGAGAACCCAUAUAAAUGCAUGGUGUGUGGAAAGAGCUUUAGUGGUAGUGGGAAACUUACCAGACAUGAACGAAGCCACACGGGAGAGAAACCAUAUCAAUGCACUGAAUGUGGAAAGAGUUUCAGCGAGAGAGGAACACUUAUUAGACAUCAAAGAACCCACACAGGAGAAAAACCAUAUCAAUGCAUUGAGUGUGGAAAGAGCUUCAGUGAUAGCAAGACACUUAGUAAUCAUCAAAGGACUCACACAGGGGAGAAACCGUAUCAAUGCCUGGAGUGUGGCAAAAGCUUCAGUUACAGUAGCAUACUUAAUACUCACAGAAGAACUCACACAGGGGAAAAACCAUUUCAAUGCAUUGAGUGUGGAAAGAGCUUCAGUCGGAGCACGCACCUUUCUGCCCAUCAGAGAAUUCACACAGGGGAGAAACCAUAUAAAUGCCUGGAGUGUGGAAAGAGCUUCACUGUUAGCUCAAAUCUUAGUUGUCAUCAAAGAACCCACACAGGGGUGAAACCAUAUAAAUGUAUGGAGUGUGGAAAGAGCUUCAGUGCUAGCUCAAGCCUUACUUUACACGAAAGGACUCACACAGGGGAGAAACCAUAUAAAUGCCCAGAAUGUGGAAAGAGCUUCAAUCACAGCUCAAAUCUUACCUCGCAUCAGAGAACUCACACAGGGGAAAAACCAUUUAAAUGCAUGGAGUGUGGAAAGAGCUUCACUCAGAGCAUAAGCCUUACUGCCCAUCAAAGAAUUCACACUGGGUUGAAACCAUAUACAUGCAUGGAGUGUGGAAAGAGCUUCAGUGAUAGCAAAACACUUGCUACUCAUCAAAGGACUCACACAGGGGAGAAACCGUAUAAAUGCACAGAGUGUGGAAAGAGCUUCAGUGUUAGCUCAAGCCUUACUUCACAUCAAAGAACUCACACAGGGGAAAAACCAUUCAAAUGCAUGGAGUGUGGAAAGAGUUUCAGCCAGAAAGCACACCUUUGUGCCCAUCAAAGAAUUCACACUGGGGAGAAACCAUAUGAAUGUCAGCAGUGUGGAAAAAGUUUCAGUCAGAGCACAAGCCUUACUGCCCAUCAAAGAAUUCACACUGAGGACAAACCAUAUGAAUGCAUAAAGUGCGGAAAGAGCUUUACUGAUAAUGGAAAACUUAGUAGACAUCAGAGAAGCCACACAGGGGAGAAACCAUAUAAGUGCAUUGAAUGUGGAAAGAGAUACACUGAAAAGGGAACACUUAUUAGACAUCAAAGAACGCACAGAGGGGAAAAACCAUAUAAAUGCAUGGAUUGUGGAAAGAGCUUCACUGAUAGGGGAACACUUACUAGACAUCAAAGAACUCACACGGGGGAGAAACCAUAUAAAUGCCUGGAGUGUGGAAAGAGUUUCAAUGUUAGCUCAAGCCUAACUUUACAUGAAAGAACUCACACAGGGGUAAAACCAUAUAAAUGUAUGCAGUGUGGAAAGAGCUUCAGUGACAGCAAGGCACUUAAUAAUCAUCAAAGAAUUCACACAGGGGGAAAACCAUUCAAAUGCCUGGAAUGUGGAAAGGGCUUCAAUCAUAGCUCAAAUCUUACAUCACAUCAGAGAACUCACACAGGUGAAAAACCAUUUACCUGCUCAGAGUGUGGAAGAAGCUUCAGUCAGAGUACAAGCCUUACUGCCCAUCAAAGAAUUCACACUGGGGAGAAACCAUAUGAAUGUGUAGUGUGUGGAAAGUGCUUCAGUCAGAGCUCAAGCCUUACUUCACAUAAAAAAACUCAUACGAGAAACCUGUGGAUUUAUGGUCCCCUGUUUAAAAAGCCACAUGAUGAUGCAUUACCUGUAUUCUGUUCAUCUGACAAGGAAGCAGAUUUUGAAGAAAAAAUCUAUAUUUUAUUUAAGAGAUGAACAAUUCAGCUGUUUGAUUAUUGGGUGAAUGUCAUUAAUCUCCAUCACUGUGUUACUUUUUACAUUUGCUAGUAAUGAGAAUAAUAUUUAAUCACCAUCCUUUGUUAUUAAUGUUACUGAACGUUCAAGGCAAUUCUGUGACAGAGAGGUGGUGGUAAUUCUGUAUUUCAGUUGUAUCCUGUUGUAUAAUGAUUCCAGGCCCUCGCUUUGUAUCCUGAACUUCCGGAGCAGUACUAGUAGAGAAGCUUAGGGCAGGCAGUCAUUUUGAAGGGAGCUGAAAGGAAUUUUUCCAGUGAAAACAAUUGGAAAUUUUGGAGAACGUUGAAAAAACCCUUGUAUGGUUUUUCAAAACUGAGAUCUGUAGUAGAAUGGGUUUUAAUCAGAUAAUCUACAGCAUUUGAGAAUAUGUGUCUCUGUGUGUGUGUGUGUGUAUGGUUGUUUUAAAUACGGAAUUAUGUAUAUAGUGUUUUUACAAAAUCAGCACAUACAUAAAAUUAAGACCUUGAGGUCAUCGUGGAUAGCUCGAUGAAGAUGUUGACCUGGUGCAGCAGCUGUAAAAAAGGCAACUUCCAUGCUAGGGUUUCUUCAGAAAGGAAUUUGAAAUAAAACUGCCGAUACCUUAAUGUUAUACAAAUCUAUGGUGUGGCCACAUUUGAAAUGUAGUGUACAGUUCUGCUUGCCUCACCUCUAAAAGGAUAUUGUAGAGUUGGAAAAGGUUCAGAAAAGAGCAACCAGAAUGCUCAAGGAGAUGGAGCAACUCCCCUAUGAGGGAAGGUUGCAACACUUGGGGCUUUUUAGUUUAGAGAAAAGGCAAGUCACAGGUGACAUGAUAGAAAUCCUCCCCACUGGCGGCAUUAGAAUUGUUAUCCAAGUGUCUGGAGUCCGUGGGGGAAUGGAUGGGCAGGAACAAGCUUAGGCUGAAUCCGGAUAAAACAGGUUCUGUUGGUGGGUGAUAAGGCAAAGCGGAUAGAGAAAAGUUUCCCCCCCCCCUCUCGUUAUGCUAGAACUAGUGAUCAUAUAGUAAAGCUAAAUGUUGGAAAAUUUAGGACAGAGAAAUGAAAUUACUUCUUCACCAGCGCAUAGUUAAAUUAUGGAACUCGUGCCCACAGGAGGCAGCGACGGCCACCAAAUUGGAGGGCUUUGAAAGAGGAUUAGACAGAUUCACAGAGGAUAAGAUGAUCAGUGGCUACUAGCCAUGAUGGCUAUGCUCUGCCUCCACAGUUGGAGGCAACAUGCUUCCCAGUACCAGUUGCUGGAAACUGCAGGAGGGGAGCGUGCUCUUUGCACUCGGGUCCUGCUUGCAGGCUUCCCAUGGCAACUGGUUAGCCGCGAGAACAGGAUGCUGGACUAGACGGGCCACCAGCCUGAUCCAGCCACAGGGCUCUUACGUUCUUGUGAUUCAAAACCAAUCUAGAUGGAAAUGUGUGAAUUGUUGUAAAAACAUCUGAGAACUCACAAGAAGGCACAUACAA